CCGGCGCGAGAUCAAGAAGUGAGAAUAGUCAAUUCGAACGUAUUGCCGCCCGCUAAAACCCUAGGAGAAGCGGUGCCGGCUCGACUAGCGGAGCCGAGUCACAGCCUUAUUUGCCUCAUGGAGCCCCUCGCCACCGGGAAGCGGCGACGGCCAGCGUCAGCGUCGCUAUCGCCGCCACCUCCGCCGCGUCAACCCACGCGAGACGAUGAGAAUAGCGCUAGGAGCUGGAAGAAGAGGCGACUGGAGUCAGCGACUACUGAAGGGACAGAAGAGAAACGUUUGGAGCUGCGUAGUCCCGAGCCAGAGGAAAAGGAUGCUACGCCUAAGGGAAAGCGACGGCGUAGUGUCUCGCCAGAGAAGAAGGAGAUACAGGAGGAGACUAGCAACAGCUGCAGUAGCAAUGACGAGAAACAGGAGACCAAGCGACGUCGUGUAGGCGAAGAGGGCGGUACUUCUUCGUCCCCUCUCGAUCUACCGGCCUCCCCACUGGCCAAUCUCAGUGGGAGACACUUACGGACUUCAGCAGAACAGGAGAAGAGGCCUACAGAGGAGAAAGCGAGAUUCCCUCCGUCACCUAUUGUCAUCCCUCCACGAGAGGAAGACGACGAUAUCUCCAACCGAGAAAACGUCGCGACCUACACCAACUUGGAGGACUUCGUUGUCAGCUCACAAGGCAGUGACGCUGAUCUCGUCGCAGCUUGCGCCAAUCUAGAAAACGACGUUGUGGACUGCAGUCAGGGCUCUCAGAAUAGCGAUGUCGAGCGGGUACGGCAGCGUACCUCGCUGCGGACAGUACAGGUUACGCCGCCUCCUUCGGCACGGAUGAUGGAUAGGAAGAAUCCUCCGCCUCCACCGAAGAGGCCGCGUCGCAAUUAUCGCCGUGGUAUCGUGUACGCGCGGGCUUAUCCGCGGUUAGCAUUGUCCCCCCUUGUGGACAACUCGCCUCCUAGCUCUCCGCGCGUCUUCCGGUCUCUAGAGAACGAAUUUGCGUUUGCGAUGCAGGACACGCCUGAAAUCCGACCUCGGGUUCGCCCAGCGCCGAGAAUGGCGCGAGGCUCACGACGAUCCACGCGAGCAGGGAGCUCUCGAGCACGGCGGUCCCUGGACACACCCACCUCGACGAUGGUAUUGAGGUCACGACUGCUAAAUCCGAGCCUGAGUGCAGACGGCGGCAAGCCGGAAAACCAGCGCGAGCGGGAGCAGCGUGACGCUCAACGCCGACACGAGUAAGGAGGGGAAGUGAGGGCUGAUAUGA